AUGGGCCCUCAGCCUUCCGCAACAGAGUCCCAACCAGCCUGGCGGCCCUCGCCUGGCACGAUCGAACCCAGCCAUAGUCAAAAUGUCAAUACACCCCAAUCCGAGAGUCGAUCGGAGGGUGCUCGACAACAGAGAGUAGAAGCGACGACUACCAAGAGCGACGCUUCCCCUCAGCACCCACGAAGAUUUCUGGCACAGCCAAUAGAGACAUCGUCGCGAAGCUCUCAGACACGACAGCUUUCCUCCCAGCUAGGAAGCCUUGGUAAUGUGUCCGAUGACCGCUCGGAGCGGAAAUCCCAGCAGGCCGGAAACCACCCACGGCGGUUCCUGCCGGAACCCAUCGAAUCCAGCAGGGCCAGCAAUCAGGGGUCCGUUGGCCCACGGCGGUUCAAGCCUGAGCUCCUCGAAACCGACCAUCGCUCGGUCAAGGGGACCACAGCCGACCUUGCAGAUCGACAACAUAUCCACACUCUACCAGCAAAAUACGGUUCAGAAUCCCGGAUACAUAUGUCAGGAGCUACGCCGUCUCUGGAUUUUCCCUUGGAGGCCUCGUUCGGCGUCCCCGAGUCUAAAUUCUCUUAUGCGAGUCUCCUUCGCCGGCAAGAGAUGCGGAGGCAUUCAUUUCGAGUUCCUGAUCUCCCGUCAAUCCCAUCGCACAGCAGUGAAGAUUCCGAUUCGGCUUCCGAGACACCGCCUUUGUCUUUAUCCCCUGCGAGGCCAUAUCUGAAGCUAAAUCAAACCCACCAGAAGGAUCACUUGGUUCGAGAAGGAAACGACGAUUUCUCACGGUAUUUGUUGUCCCUGGCGGCUCGAUCCGCACAGAAACAGCUGAGAGAGCAGGCGCUCGCCGCCUUUCCCAAUGAGCAAGUCUAUCAACCGGUUGACCACUUCGCCGUUGAGGAGGAAGACGGGGUAUCGGAGGAAGAUGAGGAUCUUAUAUAUCCCCGAACUCACCACAUCAAGUCUCGGCGACAGUCCUCAGCGGACCUCUCCUGGGAGCUUGAUUAUAUGCGUCAACAUAAGGAGGAAGCAGAACAACGACUUAGACUGAUGGUCGCCUCACAAAACCCGGGCCUCUCGUCUCCUGGCCCCAAACCAGCCUCCGAGAGCCAUGGCCCAAGCCCACCAAUGCUUGGUGCCGAUCUCGUACUGCCUCAGAGUCUGUCUCCGGAUGGCACUCUCUGUGAGGAACUCCCGGCCGAGAAUAAAAUCCAGGCAAAACAAGAUCCCUGCACUGACUGUGGCGGCCUCUGGUGUGAGGGGACUCAGCCCGACGAUGUGCGCGGAGCAGGUCUUUGGAUGGGCACAUGUCGCAAGGCCGAGGGCCUGGCACGGGGGUCACAGUUAAUGACUGGGAUUAUGACCCCAAUGAUUCAGUGCGAAGAGUUCAACAUAACGCCGAGCCCCCAACCGGAUGCUCCUAUGGAAUCGGAAGAGUUACAAGGCCAAGCACGCCAAGGGACGAGUCCUGGCCUUUCAAGAAGGACACCUGUUGCUGAAUUCCACGACGGCUUUGUUACGCAGAUUUACAAUUAUCUGUCCUUAGGCUACCCAUGCGUUGCUCGGUAUUAUGACCACGAGCUCAGCAAGAUCUCGGGAAUUGCUCUUCAAGAUCUCCGGCGGGAUGAUCUGGGUGCAGAUGCCCGAGGCUAUGUGGUACCACCGGUUGAUAACCUUGCAGUUGCUUGUGUUCGAUGGAAGGCCCUUCGUCUUUAUAUUCAUGAAUGGGCCCGACAGCAGCCGAACAUGGUGGAGGAUGAAACAGGCCUCGAAGCUUGGGGGGUUCCUGAGCGAAGAGGAAGCUGGGCCAUUUGA